AUGACCCCCAGAUUGGAAUUGUUUGUAGCUCUUACGGUGGGAGAAGUGAAGCAGUGGCUUGCAUGUGCAUUGUAUGUUGCCUGUCGUAAAAGUGUCAUUCCUACUGUUGGGAAAGGAAUCAUGGAAGGAAAUGGUGUUUCAUUAACCCGAAUAUUGCGAACAUCACAGUUAAGUCUUAUCAAGUUCUUCGACAAGGUGAAAAAGUGGAUGGACAUGUCUAACUCACCACAGCAUUUUCGGGAACGAGUGGAGAAGCUUGAGAGAAAUUUUGAAGUCUCAGCUGUCAUUUUUAGAAAAUUUGAACCGAUAUUUUUGUCUCUCUUUCAAAAUCCUCACGAGCAGUUCCCAAGACAGCAAAGAAGCAGGAAACACAGGUGCAUGCCUUGUGGCAUCAAAGAUGUAUUUAACUUUUGCUGGACACUUUUCAUCUAUACAAAAGGCAAUUUCCACAUGAUAGGAGAUAAUUUGGUGAACUCUUAUCACUUACUGCUGUGUUGUUUGGACCUAGUAUUUGCAAAUGCACUGACCUGCCCUAAUAGAAAAGACCUGUUGAAUUCUACCUUCAAAGGUUUACCUUUGGGUUUCCACACUGUGGAAUACAGACCCUCUGAAGAGCCUCCUUGCAUCAUUGAUGAACUUUGUGAGCUACAUGAUGGAUUAGUACUUGAAGCAAAAGGAAUAAAAGAGCACUAUUUUAAACCAUACAUUGAAAAACUUUUACAUAAAAAGAUUCUGAAAGGAGAAAACAGUUCAAGAUUGUUAGAUGCUGCGAAUUUCAUGGAAAACAAGAAAGCACUGAAUAGAGAAUAUGAGGAGUAUGUCCUAACAUAUGGGGAUUUUGAUGAGAGGGUAUUCCUUGGCGAAGAUGCAGAUGAAGAAAUUGGAACUCCUCGAAAGUGUGUUUCAGAAAUUUCUGAAGAGAAAGUAACAAGACCACACAUGGAGGCAAAUCUUCAGCAUUUUGAUAAGGUGAGAUCUGUUGCACCAUCUACUCCGCUCACUGGGAGGAGCUACCUUAGAGAAAAAGACAUAACAGUUACUCCAGUUUCUUCUGCAACCCAGACUGUAAGCCGCUUGCAGGGUAUGGUAACAGGACUGAAGGCUUCACCUAGUGAACAGCUAAUGGCUAUUUUCAGGUGUUGUGCUAAAGAUUUGACCCCAAUCAUUAAAAAUAGGGCGAGAGAGCUGGAAGACAUUUUCUGCAAGCACUAUACUUGGUCAGCAGAUGCACAGAUUGCAUGCCAUAUUGAUUUUGCCCGGAAUAGGUUUCGAGUAGCAGAAAUCCUUUACUACAAGAUUCUGGAGACUGUUAUGGUGCAGGAAACACGCCGACUACCAGGAAAAGAUAUGACUGCAUUGUUAGAGCAGGAUAUAUUCCAUUGUUCAUUGGUGGCAUGCUGCCUUGAGAUAGUCCUGUUUGCAUACAGCUCUCAGCGUACUUUUCCAUGGAUUAUUGAGGUCUUCAAAUUGAUGCCAUUUUAUUUCUAUAAAGUUAUUGAAGUGUUUAUACGGUCAGAGGAGGGCCUGUCACGAGACAUGGUUAAACACUUGAACGGUAUUGAGGAGCAGAUCUUGGAGAGUCGAGCUUGGAGUUGGGAUUCUGCACUUUGGGAGGCUUUGAAAACAGCCGGAAAUAGAGUCCCAACCUGCGAAGAAGUAAUAUUUCCAAACAGCUUUGAAAGCAGUGACAGUACAGCAGGGCCUGGUCACCUUCCUUUAAUGCCAGCUUCUCCUUUGGUACACCCUAGAGUAAAGGAGGUCCGCACAGAUCAUGGGAGUGCCUUUAGGCAUGACAUUCUCCCACUGUCUCCAAUCUCUGUUCAUGAUCGCUACAGUUCCCCUGCAGCAGGAAGUGCCAAGAGGCGUUUGUUUGGUGAUGAAAGUCCCACAGCAUCCCCCAGGAAAAGUCACUUAAUACAGAGCACAGACAUUCAUAUUAUCCAGAGUACAAAUUCAGCUGCAGAACAUGUCAGUCCAGGAAAUGCCACUGUAACCUUUGGAAUUAGUACAGAAAAAGGUGGACAGAAACCCUUUCUGCCCAUACAUGGUGAUGAGUUGGGUGGGAUUCCAGUUACACCAGUUUUGAUGACUUCAGAGCAGAAAGGUUUAGAUGGAGUUCCAGUUCCUCUCACUGCUCAAGCAUUAAUCAGUGCCUCUCCAAAGCGUCCUCAGAUCAACAUAAUACUUGACCCACAAUUGCCAGGCGGUAUCAAACCAAAAAAGACUGGAUCUCUGGCUCUGUUUUUCAGAAAGGUGUACCAUUUAGCAAGUGUACGACUGCGAGACUUGUGCUUUAAACUGGAUGUGUCCACAGACUUGAGGAGAAAGAUCUGGACAUGUUUUGUGUACUCAGUUGUCCACUGCAUUGACUUGAUGAAGGACAGACAUUUGGACCAGUUACUGCUGUGUGCAGUAUAUAUCAUGGCAAAGGUAACAAAGGAAGACAGAACUUUUCAAGAUAUAAUGAAAUGCUACAGGAGCCAGCCACAAGCCAACAGCCAUGUGUACAGGAGCGUCCUUUUGAAGACACUCCGGCACUCAGAUUCAUGUGGAAAUGGAAGUACUGAUGUGGAAAUGGAGGACUGCGAAUCUGAAGACGGAAUGGAAGGCAGUGCUUUACCAAGAACACAUACUACAUGUGCCAGCAAGCCAACAGAGGAGGAGCAUAGAGGAGAUCUAAUCAAAUUUUACAAUUCCAUCUAUGUAUCAAGAAUGAAAUCACUUGCAAAGAAGUAUGCCGUUUCAAAUCAGGAUCAUGCAAUGGAAGCACCUCCUCUUUCCCCAUUUCCAAGCAUCAAGCCUCAUCCAAUCUCACCUCGUCGUGUUUCUCAGCAUCAUUCUGUGUAUGUGUCACCACAUAAAAAUGGUUCGUGCCUCACACCACAGACAGCUAUGCUUUACAGGUUUAAUGGAAGUCCCUCCAAGAGUUUGAAAGACAUAAACACCAUGAUAAAACAAAGAGAGCAGACAAGUCGAAAGAGGGCAUUUACUAUUGACAGUGACACAGAAUCACCUGCUAAGCGACAUUGCCAGGAAAAUGAUGUUGUAUUGCUCAAGCGUCUGCAGGAUGUUAUUAGUGAGAGAGCCAGCCGUUAACGUUACUGUUGUUUUGGUGGUUUCUGUCUCAUACAUUCUUCAUAUUUUCCCCACAGUCACUAUGUGUUCUUGUCUCAGUAGGACACAGUUUUUCAUUUGUACUUAGAGUGGAGCAUGUUCAGUUUACAACUGUAUAAAAACAUAAUACGGUUUUAGUGACCUGUGCCAUGAUUUAUUUUAAUCCAUUGCUUAAAAAGUAAAAAAGUAUUCUGUUUUAUUCUGUUUAAAUACAGCAGCAUUAACAGUAAAGGUUUACUUACAAGAGUAAUUCAGAUAGGUAACCAUUGUUUUGUUAGUGUUUUGAUCGAAGUAGACUGUUCUUUAAAUGUGUUGUUAUUUCAAGCAAGAGUACCCCUUGUGAAAAGCAGGCAAGGGUGCAGGUUAUUAAUAUUCAUCCAAAAGGUAGAUAGAACUGUCAGUGGUAAAGAGGUAAAUGCACUCAGAUGAAUGUGCUAAAGUUCCCAAAGCCAACUGUACUUUUCUUGUAAAAUGUCUUCUGUUCUGCUGUGCUUUAAAACUUACUGAUUUGCUGAGCUUAGGACUGCAUAUCAUUCAAACUUGCAGUACUCUUUUGUAGUGCGUGGGGAGCAAUUGAUCUGAUGGAGAGAUGUGAUACAUAACACUGUGAGCUGUCUUGUCAGUGGAGUGGGUCAGAAUCUGUAGAUUUGGGAAUAGCGUGUGCAGUAACAUCCUGCUAAUCUCCAGGUAGGCUGACAUGAGGCUUCAUACAGGCAGUGGCUUCCCCUGAAAGCCUGCCUGGAGUGCAGUUGAUCUGAUGGGAAUAUAUAGGACACAACACAAGGAUCCAUCUUGUAGGUAGAGUAGGUCAGAAUCCCUAGAUUGUGGAGUAGCAUGUGCAGUGACAUUGUGACAUCCUGCUAAUCCCCCAGGCAGGCCAAUGAGAGGUUCCGCACAGGCAGUGGCUUCCCUUUAAAACUUGACCCCAAGAUGGGAGAGCUGAGUUAGCCAGUGGCCACCAUCCACUUCAUCCUAUCCAUUCCACAGCCCUACCAGAUGUCCCAGCACAUUUGGGAUGCUGGCAGCAGAGACAAAUAACCUGGCUGUGUUCCAUUUGUCUAGUUUGCCACUCAGGUGAAUUUUGGAAGUUCUGCUUGUUGUUUUUUGUUGGUAUCCUGUAGCAUUUUAUUUAUGCAGAUGCCAUUUUUUUCUGUAAUAAGAGUUUCUUAAAAC